CGCGGAUCUGAUAAUUCUGCUUACGGAAUCCGGAACUUUGAUUACGGAGUUCAAAGCCCCACUGCGGAACCCCACCAUGUCCUACAAAACAGAGGGCAGUGCAGCCAAGAAAAAUCAUCCAGCCGUGGGACGCUCUUUCAAGAUGACCUCGAGCCUCAAAUCUUUUCUCAACAGUGCGAAACAAUCGUUAUCGGGAGCUUCAACGCCCGCUCCAGGUACGCCAGAUGGCAACACGCCGUGCAGCCACCUGUUCCCGAAGGUAGAUCCCGCUGUUGACGGGGAGGAUUGCGACCAUGAUUGCGAUUCGUGCAUUGUCUCACUGCCGAAGGGAUUCAAGAUUGACGAAGAUGACAAGCUGUACGGGUACGUGAAGGGAUGGAGUACGCAUGUUUUGGUUGCGACUGGGAAGACGGACUGGGUGAGAGAUGUUGCAGAUGAGAAGGGGAGCGUGAUGGAAGCUAUCGACAAGAAAGCAGACGUGAAGCCAAGUAACGGGAGGCUUAUGCUGUCCGCCUCAAAUAUACCCACGCCUUCCCAUACCACAAGCUAUUCCGAACCCACGACUGUCCUUCUCCUCCCAGCCUUCAUCGUCAUUGAAAACGUUACGCCGAAAAAUGUCAACACUUUAAUUUCAGAAUUCGUCAAUAAAGGCCCUACGAAUAGCACACCUUUAGGACCAAUCUCAAUACCCGCCUCCCUACCAGAUCCCCUUCCCACCGCCGACCAAUUGACAUCGCGACCAAGUCCCCAUCGAGCACUCAUUCUCCUCUGUUCACAAAAAACUCGAGACGCACGAUGCGGGCAAAGCGCACCGCUAUUGCGCAAAGAAUUAGAAAGACAUCUGCGAGUCUGCGGGCUCUUCCGAGAUUUGGACGAUGAGCGACCUGGUGGAGUUGGGGUAUACUUCAUCUCGCAUGUUGGAGGACAUAAGUACUCCGCCAAUGUGAUGGUCUACAGGAAAGCAGAUGCUUUUGGACUAGAUAAUGUAGAACGAGGGAAAUUGGACGGAGAAAUCUGUCCACCACCAGCGAAACCUUCGGCGGACGAAGUCCAAGAAGGAGCUGCGCAGUGUAUCUGGAUUGCAAGGGUGAGGCCAGAGGAUUGUGAGGGCAUUGUGAAGUUUACGGUGCUUCAAGGGAAGGUUGUGAAGCCUGAGCGGCAACUGAGGGGUGGAUUUGAUAGACAGAGGGGAGUUUUCAGUUGGUAGCAUUUCUUGGCUUCGAUUCAACAAAGUAAAUAGCAGGCAUUUUGGAAGGACGUCCGAAUUAGAGGAGAGCAUAACAAGAGCUCAAUUGGCUUUAUUGUCCUUAGAAAAUAAUUGAUUCUUCUAAUCUGAAGACUUUCGUGUCUUGUUUGGUGGCUAAUCCCUCUUGCGGUGGACAUAAAAAGCAACGCUUACUUUCAAGGUCCUCUAUCAAAGCAGGACAAUGGUCUGGG